ACUACACUUCCUCCCCAGUUUUCUUACACACAGGUGCUCGAAACAUGCUAGGAAGCUAAUUAGCGUGGGUAACCACCUGCUUUCCAUAAACAAGCGCUGUAACAUGGCGAUAUGGCUGUGUGGGAACUCGAACCAUUUAAAGGUGACUGGAGGCCUUGCAAUCAUAGCUACAUGAAGACAAGUGAAGAUGGCGGACGUAUUGAGUGUUCUUCGCCUGUACAACAUCCAGAAAAAAGAAAUCGUCGCCAAAGGAGACGAAGUUAUCUUUGGAGAGUUCUCUUGGCCAAAAAAUGUCAAGACUAACUAUGUCAUUUGGGGAACUGGGAAGGAGGGUCAGCCGAAGGAGUACUAUACUCUGGACUCCAUCCUGUUCCUGCUCAACAAUGUGCAUCUCCCUCAUCCAUCCUAUGUGCGAAGGGCUGCAACCGAGAACAUUCCAGUUGUCAGAAGACCUGAUCGAAAGGGCUUGCUUUCGUAUCUCAAUGGAGAAAGUUCUACUUCAACAAGUAUCGACAGAAGUGCCCCCAUAGAGAUUGGUUUGCAAAGGCCAACACAAGUCAAACGAGCAGCAGAUGAGGUGUCAUCUGAAGCCAAAAAACCAAGGAUAGAGGAUGAGGAACGAGUGCGUCUGGACAAGGAGCGUUUGGCUGCUCGACUGGAGGGCCACAAAGAGGGCAUUGUGCAAACUGACCAGAUCAGGUCACUUUCCGAGGCUAUGUCAGUGGAGAAGAUCGCCGCCAUCAAAGCCAAGAUCAUGGCAAAGAAGCGCUCCACCAUUAAGACAGACCUGGAUGAGGACAUCACCCUGAAGCAGAGGAGCUUUGUGGACGCUGAGGUGGACGUGACCAGGGACAUUGUCAGCAGAGAGCGGGUGUGGAGGACCAGGACCACCAUCCUACAGAGCACUGGAAAGAACUUCUCCAAAAACAUCUUUGCCAUCCUGCAAUCGGUGAAGGCCAGGGAGGAGGGACGCGCCCCUGAGCAGAGGCCAGCACAGAACACCACUCUGGUGGACCAGUCCAUAAGGAACAAGCAACCUGUCCCAGCUGCUUAUAACCGAUACGAUCAGGAGAGAUUCAAAGGAAAAGAGGAAACGGAGGGAUUCAAGAUUGACACCAUGGGCACCUACCACGGCAUGACCCUGAAAUCUGUAACGGAGGGAGCGUCUGCCAGGAAGGCCCAGACACCAGCCCUGCAGCCCGUCCCCAGACCAGUUUCCCAAGCCAGACCCCCACCAAAUCAAAAGAAGGGCUCUCGGACCCCCAUCGUCAUCAUCCCAGCGGCCACCACAUCCCUCAUCACCAUGCUCAAUGCAAAGGACCUACUGCAGGACCUCAAGUUUGUGACGCCAGAGGAGAAGAAGAAGCAGGGCAUCCAGCGGGACAACGAGGUGCUGCUCCAGAGACGCAAGGACCAGAUCCAGCCCGGGGGGGCCACGCUCAGCGUCACCGUGCCCUACAGGGUCAUCGACCAGCCCCUCAAACUAGCUCCGCAGGACUGGGAUCGCGUGGUGGCCGUUUUCGUGCAAGGUCCUGCCUGGCAGUUCAAGGGCUGGCCUUGGCUGCUACCUGACGGAUCUCCUGUGGACAUUUUCGCUAAAAUCCGAGCCUUCCAUCUGAAGUAUGACGAGCAGAAGAUGGACCCCAAUGUGCAGAAGUGGGACGUGACCGUGCUGGAGCUGAGCCACCACAAGCGCCAUCUCGACCGGCCCAUGUUCCUGAAGUUCUGGGAGACCCUCGACAGAUACAUGGUGAAACACAAGUCGCACCUGAGGUUCUGAGCCUGGACCGUGGCCUCCUUCCUCCACAGGUCCCGUCAAGGCAUUUAUAAACUCCCGCCCCAAACCUAGCCUCCCUCCUCCCCACCAGGACUACCACUAGAAGAGAAAGGAGACACACGGGCCCACAACACCCCCCCCACCAGCACUUUGGGGACCCAGAAUAGACCCGCGUGUUCAGAUAGUCAUUCAGGAAAAUACUUUCUACCUGGUCUUCAUGGUUUUCAUAGAUAGAAGCAGCAGAUACAGUAUGUCUGGACAUUGGGAAGGGGAGGUUGGAGCUUCCCAUGUUUUUCAAGUUCCUAUGUACAAUAUACCAAAACUAUAUAUUUUCUAACAGUAUAGCGUUUUACUGUGGAGACAGAUUGAAGAGCGAGAGAUGAAGAGAGAGCGGAAGGGGGAUGGAUAGAUGGAGGUGGGGAAAACAACUUCCCAUACUAUUUCCUUUGUGAAAUGGAUCUUGUAAAUUCCAUGUGAAACAUGAGCUGGAUAAGAAGCCCUUUGGAAAUCUGGUGGUACAAAUAAAAAUCACUGCUGGCAAUAAGGGWUACGA